GUGCCCGCCCGCCCGCUCGGCGCCGCCGGGGCCGCAGCGGAGCCUCCGCCGAGCGAGCUGGGGGAGCCGCCGCCGCCGCCUGGGUGAGCUCGGGCGCCCCGGGCGUUCGGCGGGAAGCCGAGGCCAGGCAUGGGCCUAAUCUUCGCCAAGCUGUGGAGCCUCUUCGGUAGCCAAGGCUCUUCUGCUCUCUCAACUUUGUUGUGGAUUUUCUUCUUCUUUUGCCAAGAACAUGGUGGACUGGGAAGAUAUUGAUGAAUACAACCUAAACUGAGUUUGAAUACCAGCCAUUAAAAGGGAAAAACUUGGUUUAGUCUAGCACAAAGUAAUCAUAGUGGGGCUUGAUAAUGCUGGAAAGACUACUAUUCUUUACCAGUUCUUAAUGAAUGAAGUGGUUCAUACUUCUCCAACCAUAGGAAGCAAUGUAGAAGAAAUAGUGGUGAAGAACACUCAUUUCUUAAUGUGGGAUAUUGGAGGACAAGAAUCAUUACGGUCAUCAUGGAAUACCUAUUAUUCCAACACAGAGUUCAUCAUUCUGGUUGUUGACAGCAUUGAUAGAGAGCGACUGUCUAUUACAAAAGAAGAACUUUAUAGAAUGCUGGCUCAUGAGGAUUUACGGAAGGCUGCAGUUCUCAUCUUUGCCAACAAGCAGGACAUGAAAGGCUGCAUGACGGCUGCCGAGAUAUCUGCAUACCUCACCCUCAGCUCCAUAAAGGAUCACCCGUGGCACAUUCAGUCCUGCUGUGCUUUGACAGGAGAGGGAUUAUGCCAAGGCUUGGAGUGGAUGACCUCCCGUAUUGGAGUGGCAAAGAGGUUUGGUAUCCCCAAAGCAGGGAUUCUUGCCAGCUCUUUAAAAACACUGCACUCAGUAAAGUGAAGAGGACUUGGGCACAGCUGCUCAAAAUAUUUGUCUUCAAAAUAAAAUUGAGUCGUUCUUUGAA